GCCGAGACCGCCAAGCUGUUCCUCAACGCCUGGAGGUACGUGAACUUCGCCACAGCGAACCAAUUCUACCAGAUCGCCACCUCGAAGGGCCUCGACUUCGGGCGCAUCCGCGCGGCCAUCACGCACAGCUACCCGCGCGCCUCCGGCUUCCCCCGCCCGGGCUUCACCGCGGGGCCGUGCCUGUUCAAGGACACGAUGCAGCUGGCGGCCUGCUGCCGGCACACGUUCACCCUGGGCCAUGCCGCAAUGUUGGUGAACGAGACGAUGCCCGACUGCGUGGUAGAGCAGGCGAAGAAAGCCCUGGGCAAACUGGGGCGGACGCUCGCUGGCACCAGGUGCGGCGUGCUUGGCAUGGCCUUCAAGCCGGACAGCGACGACCCCCGAGAGUCCCUGGCCUUCAAGCUCCGCCGGCUGCUGCUAUGGGAGGGGGCCGAGGUGGCCUGCUGCGACGUGUACAUCCGCCGGCCCGACUUCGUCGCCGCCGACGCCCUCCUCGCGCGGAGCGAGGUGCUCUUUGUCGGCUGCCCCCACCGCGAGUAUCGCGGCCUGGCGCAGCGGCCAGGGCAGUUCGUCUUCGACUGCUGGGGCGGCUGGGGCGCCACCCCGCACGCGGGGCCGCCGGUGACGCCCGGGAGACGUACGGCAGCGAUUGGGAGUGGAGAUUUAUCGCUGGAUUGA